CUAAUAGCCCCGAACCGUGUGUGAUCUCGUUGUGGAAUGGUGAUGGACGACGAUGCUACCCCUCAUUCGACCAGAGCAGCGCACGCGAAGCAAGCCGCGUGCCUAAAUUGCAGACGCAGCAAGAUCCGAUGCAAGAGGAGUGGGAACGAGGCCGUCUGCGAGAAAUGCAAACAGGCUAAUCUUGAAUGCAUCAUCCCCAGCCAUCAUGUGGGGAGGCAGAAGGGGGUCAAGAACAAACGGAGAGGGCUCGAGAAGGCGCUCCAUCAGAUUGAGCAGGCUAUCAAGAGGCCAAAGAGCGAUGCUGCAGGGCCCGAUGCGGCCAAGAACGUGGUGGCCAACUUGCAGGCCCUGCUGGAUAAAGCUCAGACCCAGUUAUUGAACGACGAUGUAGACAAUCUAUCCGAGGAUGCGGAGCAACCGCACAGCCUGCCGUCGUCGCAAGCUCCCAGUGCGGACGACAAUCUAGCCCUGGACGAUGCGGAAAACCCGCUGCAACUGCUGGCGCGGGCGUCAGAUCUUCAGCUACCGCCGCCUGGGGUGCAGAACGCGCAGGUGUCGCCUGCGCCGCUGUCGGCGUCUUCCACGGUGACGCGCGGGAACCGUCUGUCCGAUGAGGCCGGGGCGAACUCGUUCUUUGUUCCAGUCAAAGCUAGUCUGGAUACUGGAACAGAUAUCGAUCCGAUCGAGCUGGGACUCGUGACCGGCGACGAAGCAGAGACGCUGUUUUCAUAUUUCUACCAGAACCUGGCACAUACUAGAUGGGGCCUGGACCCUUUCAUACACAACGCCACCUUUGUGCGGUGUCAGUCAGCUUUUCUCUUCACUUCGAUCCUCGCAAGCGCUGCGCUCUUUAUUCCCUCUGCGGCAGCCCUGUCGAAAAGAUUAGCUAGACACUGUAAGCUCCUCGCCCAACGGGUGAUCUCGCACCGCCUGCGGUCGGUCGAGAUCGUGUUGGCCUUCAUGGUCAAUGUGCCGUGGAUGGCUCCAGGAGAAUGCCUUGGGGACGACGAUACGUGCUCGUACAUUGCAAUGGCAUUGGCUGUUGCGCUUGAUCUGUCUUUGAACAAGAUCGUGAUGCCCUCGCCGAGCUUUGAGGACGGAGCUCUAAAACGCCUUGCUCGGGCCGAUUGUAUCGAAGCAAAGAGAGCUUUGCAUAUGGACGGAUUCGAUGAUGUGGAUCCCUCGUCGGAGCUAGGGAGAAGGCUGUUGCGCAGACGAGAACGGGCUUGGAUAGCCCUAUAUGUCGUCGAACGAGGCGUCUGCUUAGCCCGUGGAAGAAGCUAUACAGUCCCUCCAACGGCUCUGGUUGAAAACUGCGACAAAUGGCACAUAGCUGAUAUAGCUGAUUUACGCGAUGGUUCGAUGAACUCCAUGGCAGUCCUACGGCGAGAUCUAGAUGCAUUGUUCAAGAAAGUGAGGUCGCACUGCGAUAGCUUCCAGAUGGUUUAUAACGGAACAGACGCUGCUCAGAUGAUCAAAUCAAUUAUUGAGAACUUCUACGACCAGUGGUAUACAACUUGGGCCUUGGAGAUUGGCGAGGGUGAAUCUCGUACCUUGCCGCCUUACGUGGAGAUUCUGGUCACACAUACUCGAUUAUCUACGUACAGCGGUGUCAUCAACCACCCCACUGCGCCGCUCGAAGUGAAGCGCUUUUUCCGUGCCGCCGGCCUGUCAUCUGCGUUGAACGUCUUGCGAGCCGCCAUCCAAGGCGAGUCGCGCCUGAAAUCCAUGCCCAACAACACCGUCAUCAUGAUCUCCUUUGCGGCAUGCUCGGCGCUCAGCCUGAGUGCUGCCCCCGCCGAUAGCAAAUCUAACCUCGCACCCAGCGUGCGCAAUCUGAUCGAAGAAACGGCCGACGUGCUGGAACGAAUUGGCGCGACCCCGAUCCAUCGCAAUGGCGCAUCUGUGCUGUACGGUCGGUUUCUAAGGGAGCUUGUUCGCCGCACGUCCGCCUUUCCUCCCCCUCUUCCCCCCCUGCCUCCUCCUUUGCCGAAUGAGAUGCAAUCGGAACCCGUUCUCCCACCGACCUCCCUAGCUCUCGACACGACAACAUACGGCCCUGUCCUCCCUGUCACCCAUCCACAGUAUUCACCACCGGUCUUCUGGCCGGAGCCGUUGAAUUUCUCGACCAUGUCGGACGAUCAGAUCGUCGAUGCCGUCAACCGCGCGGACUCCUCGCUCGGAGCGGGGGUGUCUUUUCCAGGCGUGCCGCUCGAUGACAUGAUGAGUUGGGAGUGGUUUGACUUUAAUCCUGAUUUCAGUUUCUCCAUGUAAAUACAUACCUUUCUUCUAUACAGUACAUCUAUUACAGAGCAUUGAACAAAACAUCCUGUUGUACAUGUCUCAAUAGUACUCUAUAAC